CUCGUCCAGAAAUGUAUCGGAGUCCUUCCCCAUAGAGGUGACUAUGGACAGGUGGUCAGAGAACUACUGGAUCAUAAUUGACUUGUGGUCUAAGUGUUGGCUUGUUUAUGCAGUGGUGGGCAUUUUUAAAAGGAAUGUACUCGGUCCUGAGUGUUGCAACCCUGAAGUCCACCCUCCUUUAUUCUACCUGAUGUGGGCUACCAUUAACUUUUCAAGAAUAUGCAGCGUGCCUCUGUGGGACCAGCACUUCAUACUAGUAGCUGUGUUGUUUAAGUGGAUUUUACCAGUCUACAGCUUCAGCAUGCUUUAUAUCUCCUACUCCAACCUCCACCAGCACAAAGCCUGGCUGGCCAUCAAUAACCCCAGUGUGAUCCAUCUGACGCGUUAUCUGACCCAAAACGGACUGGCCAUGUUUGCCUGGUGGUCUCUUCUGCACGCUGUGGUGGAUCUUGGCGUAGUGCUGAAGUACUAUACUGCUAUGACUGACCCACUGAUCAGCACCGUCGUCCUCUCUAUCAUCUUUAUUUGCGUAAUCACUUGGUUCAGCCUGCAGAGCGUCUUCUGUGCCAAGUACAUGCGCCACACAUUCACCGUUCAUGCCGUUCUCAUUCUGGGCCUCGGCUCCAUGUUCACCAGCAGCUAUCGCGUCCAAAACUUCUCUGUAAACACGGCCAUCUGCGGUAUUGUGAUGAUCCUGGUUACCAUCAUGAGCUUCAUCCAUUUGAUCCAAGCAUGUGUGGAGAAGACACACACACCUCUUGCAGUGGAGCCGAAUGGGAAUUUGGGGAACUGUGUGACCGUGUGUGAUCUGGAAGGAAACAUCAAACCCAAACAAUGAGAGAAAGAAAUCACAGCUUCACCAAUUUAUGUCCCCACCUCCCCAUGUUUCUGACCCCUAAAUUUGACAAGUUGCUUCCAGGAGUCACAGAAAGAGGGCAGCAGAUAAUCAUUUUACAGCAAAAACAUUAACUUGAAAUAACAUCUUUGUUGUACCAGGAGAUGGCACACUGGUUUGUGCAUUCCUUUUUUUUUUAAAAAAACUGAGUCUAAUCAGUAAAAGCAGAUACAAGUAGCCUGAUAUGAAUAUAGGAUUGCCCAUGUGACUCAGCACUUUAUGAUUGUUUUAAGGUCAAACACUUGAACAAAGCAAGGAUUAA